AUGCUGGAAAACAACGUUGUCUGCAGGCUGACCGUGGUCGCAGACGUUAAACUCACGGUUGAAACAACCAAAGAAGAAACAAAGCACUCCAUCUCUUCCUCCUUCUUCCCGCCGGCCCACUCGCCAGACUGGUACGGUUAGUCCGUUCACUCUGACAGUCUGGAAUAUUCGUUCUCACUCAGACAAUUCGAGGAGCAACCGACCAGAAAGGAGGACGGCGCUAGUGGCUCGGGAGCUGCCGCGCCACAAGUUGGACAACGCUCCAAUCAGCGAGACGCCGUCCUCCGAGAAAGGCCAGCUAGAAGAUGUGAGUGCCAGCUACACCUCCUUCUGGAGCGUUCGCCCCAUGGCAGAGCGACUAGACGUGGCUAUCGCCUUUGCAACCCGGAACGACCUCGUGGGACGACUGCCCUGUCUGCCGCAGGGCAUCAACGAUCACCUCACGAGCCUCCGCCUGCUUCGUCGGGAAGGCGAAUUCGCCACCAUCAUCAGCGACUACGCUCUGUCGAUGACCAGCCCUGACGCCGCAAGGGACAACUUCUAG